AAGGUGAAGCAGCCGAGCGGUGAAGUACCAACGUCAGCUGGAUAACCACCGUCACACAAGAGAAAGAGUUAAAACAAGAUGGAGGAACUGUUCAGUAAAGCGGUGCAGGUGACGGUGAGGUGCAGAGACUGUGAGGAGAGGAAAGCAAAUAUCUGUGUCACUAUUGAGCUUCAGUUGACAACAAGUCCAGUACACAAAAGGGAUCUUCUAGUAAGACUAACAGAUGAUAAAGACCCAUAUUUUCUGUUCAACCUUUCAAUAUCAGAGGAAGAUUUCCAAAGUUUGAAAGUCCAGCAGGGGCUCCUGAUUGACUUUGCAUCAUUUCCUCAGAAGUUUAUUGACCUGCUGAAUCUCUGCUAUUCAGAACAAGAGUCAGACAAUCCAAGGUUUCUCCUGCACCUGUCCAGUCAGUCUCCAGUGUUGGAAGGUCCGGCCAUCUUCAGUGUUGUAGAGACGAAUGCUUUUAAACACUUGAACCAUUUAUCUCUACGGCUCGUUCAGAGCUCUGACAAAGAGCUGAAAGGUCAUCUGGCCACGUGUCUCAACUCUCUGAAGGCAGAGAAGCAGGCUCUGGAGACGAAGCUGAAGAAGACUGAAGAGGAUCUGAACAGGAAGCUGACUUAUACUCAACAGACUCUAUCUGAGAAGACUAAAGAGUUGGACAAACUGCGUUCAGAGUGGACGAGUCACUCCAGCUCCCAGUCCAGCCUUCAUUCUCAGGAGUUACAGUCAGAGAGAGAGAAGGCUGCAGAGUUACAGAGCAGGCUCCAGCAGCAGACGGAGCAGCUCCGUCAGGAGCUGGAGAGUUCUCAUCAGAAGAGCAGCCAGCAGCUCCACAGCAGGCUGACGGAGCUGGAAGCUUCCUGCAGAGAACUGACGGAGAAGAAAUACAAGAACGAGUCGGUUAUCAGAGACUUGAAGAUCAAACUAGUGGGUGCAGAAGAGGAGUUCCAGCGGUCUAAGCAGCAGGUUCUCUCUCUGAGGAGGGAGAACAGCACUCUGGACACGGAGGUCCAUGAUAAAGAGCGUCUGGUGAGCCAGCUGCAGAUGAGAGCAGCUGUUCUGGAACAGGAAGUUAAAGACAAGGAUCAGCUGAUGCGCCGCACUAAAGAGGUGCUGGAAGCCACUCAGCAGCAGAAGGAUUCAGUGGAAGAAAAUGCUGAAAGUAAAGAAGUUCAGAAUAAAAAGCUUGAGUCCACGGUGAAGUCACUGUCUGAGGAGCUGAUAAAGGCUAACGGUAUCAUUAAGAAGCUGCAGGGGGAGGUCCGAGGCCUGGUUGGAAAGAUCAAAGUAAAGAACACUGUGACUGUGUCACAGGAGAAGGUUCUCCAAGACACAACAGAGAAACUUCAGAGUGUUGAAAAGGAUCUACACACAGCUCAGCAGCAGCUCGUCACCAAGGAAGAGCAGGUUUCUAAACUGAAGGAGCAGUUGGAGACGACGGUCCAGAAGCUGAAUGAAAGCAGAGAGGUGUUAAAAACAAACGAGAACGUUAUAAACUGGCUGAACAAGCAGCUGAAUGAAAAGGAAGUGUCCAGAAAACCUCAGUCUGCUGAAGCUUUGGACACUCCUUCAGUUCUGUCCUUAACAGGAGGACUGAGGGCCCAGUUUUACCCUCAGACAGUCAAACCUUAUGGGAGUCCUGCUGAGCAGCAGUCAGUAAAUCCAGCCGUCACACACACAGGAGACUCAGCCGGUCUGGACUCAAAGUACUUUGAGAGGAGAGACAACAGUAUUCCAAUCUACGGUCUGUCUUCUCAUCUGUCUUAUAAAGAUUUCCCUCAGAGAACAAAACCCUCCACAACAUCAGCUUACUUCUCUGCCUGAAGCUCCUGUGUUACUGUCCCUGAUGUGCUGGGAACUUCACUUUUUAAA